UCCUGCGGCGGCGCGGCGCGGCCUGGCGCGGUGUGAGGCGGUGUGUGUGUCCGGUGUGUCCUGUGUGUCGCCGAUUGUCGCCGUGUGUCGCGAUGGUGAAGCUCACGGCGGAGCUGAUCGAGCAGGCGGCACAGUACACCAACGCCGUCCGAGACCGGGAGCUCGACCUGCGCGGCUAUAAAAUCCCAGUCAUUGAGAACCUGGGGGCCACUCUGGACCAGUUUGAUGCCAUCGAUUUCUCUGACAACGAGAUCCGCAAGCUGGAUGGGUUCCCGCUGCUGCGGAGGCUGAAAACGCUCCUGAUGAACAACAACAGGAUUUGUCGGAUUGGUGAGAACCUGGAGCAGGCUCUGCCCAGCCUCACAGAGCUCAUUCUCACCAACAACAACAUUGCUGAACUGGGUGAACUGGAUCCGUUAUCAAGUAUUAAAUCCUUGACUUACCUGAGCGUUCUAAGGAAUCCUGUAACAAAUAAGAAACAUUACAGAUUAUAUCUAAUUCAUAAAGUUCCCCAGGUCAGAGUGCUGGAUUUUCAAAAAGUGAAGCUCAAAGAGCGACAGGAGGCAGAGAAAAUGUUCAAGGGCAAACGGGGUGCACAGCUUGCAAAGGAUAUUGCCAGGAGAGCAAAAACCUUCAAUCCAGGGGCUGGCCUGCCAACAGACAAAAAGAAAACUGGGCCCUCCCCAGGGGAUGUGGAGGCAAUUAAGACUGCCAUCGCCAACGCCUCGACCCUGGCGGAGGUGGAGCGGCUGAAGGGGCUGCUGCAGGCGGGCCAGAUCCCCGGCAGGGAGCGCAAACCAGGCCCAUCGGAGGACGGCGAAGAAGAAAUGGAAGAGGACACAGUGCCAAACGGAUCGUAGCCGGGGCCGUGCCGCGCUCCGGCCCCCCCAGGAGCCCUUUCCCGUCCCGGGCCGUGCCGGUGUCCCCGGCGGGGCCCAUCGCCCCCGUCCUCGCGCAUUUCGCUGUUCAAUAAACGAACGGUCCCUUUUU